AGGUUUAUUUCAGUGUGUGUGAAUUGCACUGUAGUGAAUGAACACAACAGUCUGUGAUUGGACCCGCGCCAGUUCACAUGAAUUAUUAAUUAAUUAUAUAAAUAUUAUAUAUCCAAAAAAUAUAUAUAUGUACACAUCAUCUUGUUGUUAAUUAAAUUGCAAUUAUGUGUCUAAAUACACAUGGAUCUUGGAAAAAAAAUACCAAGAUUAUAAAUAACAAUCAAAUAUUAAAACCAUAGCAUCAAGUGUCAAAUAAAUAUAUAUCAAAAAAAUAUAUAAAAUUAUUAAAUAUAUACUAUAAAAUAUAGGUAUAUAAAAAAUUAUUUAAAAAAAAUAUAAAAUGAAAGUUCUUGGCAUGGGGAUCUUUGUAACAAUCGAUUUUUGAAAUACACAAACACACACAUCAUCAUCAUCAGUAGUACAUACAUAAUACCCAUAUAUACAUAUUCAAGUAUAUAAUAGGCACAGGCUGACGCAGGAAGAUGCCAAUGGCGAAUUCGAGGAUGUCGAAAAUCGUGGAGUCAAGUGUGUAAGGGGGGAGUUGAAGAAUAGACUAAAAGAGACAGCAAGGAAGACGAAAAAAAAGCAACAGCAGCAGCAGCACAAAAAAAAUAUCUAAAAAAAAAAAGAUAUUAAAAAAAAAAAUAUAUAUAAAAGUGGGAGUAGAAAUGAGAAGACCAUAGCUUCAACCAAGUGCGUGUAUUGUGCGUGUGUGAGAAAAGAAUUUAACAAAAAAAAAAAAAAAAGUAAGAAUUCUUAAAAAAGUGCCCCUCAACUUGAAAUCAAGUGUCCAUCAUCCGCUCCAGUUUGAUAAUCAUAAAAAAAUAUAUUUUUUAGAUUAAAAAAAAUAAAUAAAUAAACAAAUAAAAUUUGUCAUAAAAAAGAUAAGAAUAAUUGUUGUUUAACUUUUAGCUUUACUAGUGAAUAUAGUAAUAAAUAAAAUAAUAAUAAUAAAUAAAUAAAGUGUUGUUUUUUAGAGUGUAUAUUUAAAUAAAUAUAAAUAAACAAUAUGGAGGAUAGUCAGCUGUUGAUGACUGAAUUACCAUCAGCAUUAACAACAGGAGGAAAUAAUAAUAAUCAAGCUGCUGGUGGAACGACAUUGUUACAUAGAUCAGGACAUUAUUACCACCUGCAUCAACCACACCUGGCAAUAUCAACACCCCAAAAUACAAUACAACGUCAAUCACAUGUACCACCACCACAACCAUUUAUAAAUUCACCAACAAAUUUAACAAAUUAUGUUAAUACUGGUAUACAUCGUCAUUUUAUUGAUAAUCGUGUUAGUGAUAUAAUUGAUCAAACAAGAAAUAUAUCAAUAUUAUAUCCAGAAAUACUUGCUCAUAUAUUUAGCUAUUUGAGUGUUAAUGAUAAAGGACAUGCAUCACAAGUAUGCACAGCAUGGCGUGAUGCAGCAUAUCAUCGUUCAGUAUGGCGUGGUAUUGAAGCAAAAUUACAUUUACGUAAACCAUCACCAUAUUUAUUUAAUAGUAUUGUUAAACGUGGUAUAAAACGUAUACAAAUAUUAUCAUUAAAACGUGGUCUUGGUGAUGUUAUAAAAGGUAUACCAAAUCUUGAAUCAUUAAGUUUAACUGGUUGUUAUAAUAUUGCUGAUAAUAGUUUAACAAAUGCAAUAACAAAUGAUUAUUUAUCAUUAAUUGAACUUGAUUUAUCAUUAUGUAAACAAAUAACAGAUGCAACAUUAACAAAAAUUGCUCAACAUAUGAGAAAUUUAGAAUAUUUACAUCUUGGUGGUUGUUGUCAUAUAUCAAAUCAUGGAUUAUUAUUUAUAUCAUGGGGUUUAAGAAGAUUAAAAAAAUUAGAAUUACGAAGUUGUUGGAAUAUAUCUGAUGAUGGUAUUGCUAAUUUAGCUGGUUUAAAUCAAUCAGCACCUGGUGGUACAUCAGAACUUGAACAUUUAAGUUUACAAGAUUGUCAAAAAAUAACUGAUGAAGCACUUGGACAUAUAUCAAGUGGUUUAAAUAAAUUAAAAUCAAUUAAUUUAUCAUUUUGUAUAUCUGUAUCUGAUUCUGGACUUAAAAAUUUAGCUAAAAUGAGUAGUUUACGUGAACUUAAUUUACGUUCAUGUGAUAAUAUAUCAGAUAUUGGUAUGGCAUAUCUUGCUGAAGGUGGUAGUCGUAUAACAACACUUGAUGUAUCAUUUUGUGAUAAAAUUGGUGAUCAAGCAUUACAUUAUAUAUCACAAGGUUUAUUUAAUUUACGUUCAUUGUCAUUAUCAUCAUGUCAAAUAAGUGAUGAGGGUAUAUUUAAAAUUGCUAAAACAUUACAUGAUUUAGAAACAUUAAAUAUUGGACAGUGUAGUCGUUUAACUGAUAAAGCAUUGUUAGCCAUUGCUGAAAGUAUGGAACAAUUAAAGUGUAUUGAUCUUUAUGGAUGCACCAAGAUGACUGAAAAUGGUAUUAAAGAAAAUACACUUAAAUUUCCACAAUUAACUUAUAUUAAUUUGGGAUUAAGCUCGAGUUGAUGAGUAUGAUUUAUCAAUCUAUUCAAUACCUCAUAUAAUAUUCUAGUGGUUUUAUUAUUUUUUCAACAUCUUCUUUUUUCGAUUUUUCAAAUUGAAGAUCAAAAUUUUUGUUCCAUUCAAAUUAUUAUUUUUUCAUUUUACUAUUUAGCUAAAAUUUAUUGUUAAACAAUUUAUUUUUCUUUUCAUUAUUUUUAUAUAUAAGGUAUAUUUUUAUGUACCUUAAGGUUCAUUUUUUUUUUUUUUUUUUUUAAAUGUUAUUUUUGAACUGUAAAUAUUAAAAAAAAAAAUUUUUUUAAACACGGAAGUAAGGACGUACUGCUAAUAGAAAAAAUAUUGUACUUAUCUAAAAAAAAAUUAAGCAAAUAUUUCGAUUUUAUAUUUUUCAAUUAAAUUUUUUUUUUACUAGAAAUUUUUCAAUUUAAAAUUAUUAUUUUGUAUUAACUUGGUUUAAGAUUAUUUUAAUUUUUGACAGUUGAUUGUUGGAAAAUUAUCUGCUUGUUAGUUUUUAUAAUAUUUCGUUAAAAUUUUUCCAAGAAAUUUUAACGUUGUCGAUAAAUUUUCUUUAUUAAUUUGUGCUAAUUAAGUGAAAAUAUAACUUCGUUAAUUUUAAGAUAUGAAAUUAAUGAUUUCUACCUCGUUUUUUUUUUAUUUUUUUUUUAAAUAAUAAUUUGUUGUAAAAGCGUAUCCUCGCGUCUGAAUGGAUUGUGAUAUGCAAUUUUGUUUCUGCUGGACAACAAUAAUCUGGCAUUAAUGUAAAUUUUUUUUUUUUUCUUUUAAUAUUUAGUUGACAUUGUACUAUUCAUUUAAUUAAUGUAAAAGACAUUUAUUGCUCAGUUUACAACAAACGAAAGAUGUGAUAAAAAAAAAACCUAAAUAAAUAAAAAAAAAAAAAGAUAGGCAUACGAAUCUUGUUGAAUAACGUUGGAAUUUUCAAAGUAUAUUCUAGAUGAAAAAAAAGAUAAAAUUUUUAAUUAAAAAAAAAUACAAAAAUAAUAAAUUUUAAAACAAAAUAACAAAUACUCUUAAACAAUAACCAAAAAUAAUAAAAUAAAUAUGUUUUUUAAAAAAAAAAACAAAAAAAGAAAAUAAAAUUUUCAAUUAUAAAAAGAAAACAAAUUAAAAAAGCAAAUAAAUUUUAAACAAAAUAAAUAAAAAAUACAGUUAAAAGAAUAAAUUGCAAUAAAUUAUAAUUUUCUGUUUAUUAAUUUUUUAAUUUCUUUUAAUUUUCAUUUAUUUUUAUUCCAAAAAAAAAAUAUGUUGACUUUUUAUUUAUAAAAUAAAAUUAUAACACUAUAAUUACAGACUAAUUAAUUUGUAAAUAAUUAUUAACCGUUACUAAUAAUUCAAAUCAAAAUAAAUAAAUAAAAAAAAAACCAUCGCAACAUUUUUUUUUUUUUAAAUGAUUAUCACUAUUUUUGUGUUUCUACUAUUUUCCGAAUAUAAAAAAAAUAAAAUAGAUAUAAAUAGAUGUUAAAACGAAUUUACUGGAAGCCAGCCAAGUCAUCUACAACUCGAAAAUAAUUUAUAAAAAAAAGAACAAGACGCGAGUAAAUAUAA